AUGAGUAAAGGCUGGAGAGGGGCUGAGUUAAUUUUAGCUGCCUGGCAGUCAGCAAGCAUGGAGCCUGCACAGGAACCAGACGAGCUGGGACCUCAGUCAGACGUGGUUGCAGACACGGUUCUUGAGGUUGGAGAGAGACUCUUUGAGGUCAGCCGUAGGGAGCUCUCAGUGCACAGUCGUUAUUUUGAAGCCAUGUUUUUUGGGGGGGCAAGGGAGAGCUCUGAGCAGCACAUCGUGAUCCGGGGGGUCGAUGCGGCUCCUUUUCAAGCGCUCCUGGAGUUCACUCGCACGGCCCGAGUGCUGAUAGGUCAGGAGAACGUGACCAGCCUGCUGGAGACAGCUGACUUCCUCCAGUUCGACAGGGUGAGGCUGUUGUGUGAGAAGUUUCUGGAGAGAGAGCUGCACGUUUCCAACUGCCUGGGCCUGAUGAUCUACUCGCAGCAGUUUGUCUUUGGAGAGCUGUUUGCGUCUGCUCUGAACGUGGCUCUCUCCCACUGGGGGGAUGUGAUGUGCCAGGAAGAGUUUAAGGCACUACCCAAGGAAAUGCUGAUGCAGCUCCUCAGGAGCGAUGACCUCUUCGUUUCACGAGAAGAUUUGGUCUUUGACAGUAUUAUGAGGUGGAUAAUGGAGGACCCAGCAGAGAGAGAGGAAGACUUUCUGGAUCUGGUGGGCGAAGUCAGGGUGGCUUUUCUGAGUUUGUCCUUCCUCGAUGUCCUGGUGAAACGCAGCAAGCGCCUGGGAGAGGCAGAUCCCUUCUCCAGACUGAUGAGGAAGCUGGAGAGCUGUCCUCCCCCCCGCUGGCACAGCACAGAGCUGCGCCCCGCCGCCGCCCGCAGCUACGACACCCUGUACGUCCUGGGAGGGAGGCAUGACAAGGAGCAGCAGGAACUAUUUACCUUUCAACCUAAAACAGGGACCUGGCAGGCUUGCUCUCCACUGCAGCGCAGGAACCUCACCCAGUAUGCAGUGGCAGCAGUAGGGAGCUUCAUUUUUGUGACAGGAGGGUACUUCCGGGAUGAGUUCGUGUGGUACAGCGUGGACUGGGUGUUUAUCUACAGCUGCUUGGACAACCGG